AUGGUGUCAUCGAGGGCUGAAUUGACAAAUCCUCAUGAGUACUCGGCCAUUUAUGCAGUCAUGAAAUUCCUCCAGUAUCAGAGCAACUAUCCCGCUCCUGGUACCGGUUCGAAAGUGUUGUCGUACCGGGCAAAGAACAUGAUUGGUCCCAAGAUUCCUGAAAUCAUGAUAAGCUUGACCACCUCGGAACAACUCAAUCUAUUUGGAGACUACCCUUUCAAACGGGAUAUUGCACCAUCGGCUUUGUUUGCUACCCUAUUUAGCGUGAUUUUGAUUGCACAUGUCACCAUUUUCUCGAUAAACUGCUCGCGAGGUCACUAUUUUUGGCCACAUCUCGGGUUCAUUUUUUAUACAAUUUGCAGAAUACUUGGCUUUGCCUUGAGAAUUCAGUGGUCCUACGAUUUGACCAACACCUCUGUUGGAAUUGCCGCAGAAGUGUUUUUGAUUGUGCCAACGGUUCUCCUUGCCAGUUUUAAUCUUAUUCUAGCUCAACGGAUCUUCACUUGGAGACACCCCGUUGGUGGUUCUCGCAAGCUUUUUUGGUACCCAAUGAUUGCCUUGUAUGUUCUUGUUGCCGGUGUUGUGGCUAUGACGAUUGUUGCUGCCGGCGGUGUCAAUAUCUACUUGUUGGGAGCUGUCAAUUAUGCUCGAUUCCAAAAAGUGAUCCAGACGACCUCCAUCCUUAUUAUCGUUUACUCGCUAACGGGGGUUUCUUUGAUCGGGUUGGCUUUUUUCUUCAAGCCAACACCCAAGGAUAUCAACUUGUACACGUACCAGCCAUGGUGGAUUGAAUCUUUUUCGCCGCUGUAUUUUGUCAGAAAAGGUGAGCCUCAAGAGGCUGCCGCGAGUUUCUUGAAGCGGAACCACAAUCACCGGUACGCCAUUCGAGUCAUUGCCGCGACUCACCAUCACUACAAGAUGGUUAAGGGAUUGAGCAAUAAGCGAGGCGACUUGACUCAUAACAUGUCGAUGUUUAUCAUCUUUGUCACUACCUUUAUCAUCCUCUUGGGUGCCAUCUUGAGAUCUGUUGUUUGUUUCCAAGGACGAUACAUGUACGAUAGGUCUGCCGUUGGAUCUGCGGCCAUGAUGUACGUUUUCUGGGGCGCCCUCGAGGUUAUUGUCAACUUGAUUUACAUUUUCGGUCGCAUUGAUUUGCGAUUCUACAGACCAGAUAGACUACCCAAGGACAUUAAGUUUAUCAACACGGCAGAGCAAUCCUUAUACCCAUCCGAGAUUGAAAGUGUCGACAUCGACAAGUCGGGCAGGUUGCGCGAUGACGCGUCGCAAUUGUCCCGUGAUCAUACUUUCAAGGAUGGCGAAGAGGGAUCGUCGUCGUCUACAUCGUCAUCUUCAACUUCAGGUGACGAUUUGUUCUUUGGUGGCGGGCCAUCUGAUGAUGAAAGUGAAGGCUUUGACUUUAUGCCUGUGCUGAGAAAGGGGCGCGAUAAGGACAAGGAAAAAUUGGAGAAGCCGCUGGUGCCAUCUUCGAAUCAUAAAUUGGACGUUGAAUCAGAAUUCCGUUUUUAA